AACAUAUUGUCUAUUCUUUAGAAGAUGGGUGGAGAGCUUUUUCUAAACAGUAAAGGACGCAGAAUACAGCUGCGUGGGAGGACAUGAUAUUGAUGCCCAUAAUUGUAAGCACAAUGCCAAUUGACCCAGAGAGAGAGAGUUUUGCUUCAAUCUCCCCACCCAUUCGUCCCAAAAUCUCGAACUUGCUUAAACAUGGUCGCCGGUAAAUCUCAGGAGCCUCUUCCUCCGGGAUGGAUCGAGCACGAGAAAGUGAAAAACGGCCGGACAACGAAGUACUACACAAAUUCAGAUAGUGGGAAAAAGUUUUAUUCCAAGAAGGCUGUGCUAGACUAUACAAAGGCAAGAGAUGCUCUCCAUGAUCAAAUUCAGGGAGUCAAUAAUAAUGAGAGUGAAAACCAAGAAGUUGGUAAUGAUGAUGGUCAACAUCAAGGAAUCAGCAAUGGUGAUGGUCAACAUCAAGGUAUCAGUAAUGACAAUGGUCAGAAUCAAGGAAUCAAUGAGGAUGAGAAUGCUACACCAAGUUUGAAGCCUACACCAAAAUCAGAUAAAUCUCUUGAGGUACCUCCUGGAUGGACAGUUGAAUUGAAAACUCGAAUGGGUAGCUCACAUAAUGGUGGGACUUACAAGUGUUACAUCAGUCCCUCCGGAAGAAAAUUUUAUUCCAAAGUUAAAGUCUCCCAGUAUCUUAACAGUACUGGAAACAGCAACAACUCCAUUGACCAUGGAAAAAAAGACAAUAUAGACGGAUCCAUCUCUAACGUGCCAGUAUCUCAAGAUCACACUCCUAAUCAGAGCAAGGGACACACAUCUCAAGAACUGAAGUCUGACCCGAACAAGGACACUCCGAAGACAGUUUCAUCUGCAGUUACAGCACAUGACGGUUCAGUGGAUGGGUUGCCAGCGGGGUGGAUAAAAGAAGUAAGAAGCAAGACAUGUCCAAGUGGGAUACGAAAGGAUCCGUUCUAUAUAGACCCUGUUAGUGGAUAUGAAUUUCGCUCCAAAAAAGAUGUUUUGCGCUAUUUGGAAACUGGUGAUAUUAAUAAGUGUGCCAUGAAGCCCAAGAAAAGGGAUCCAGAAUCAUCGAGCAAGGACAUACCCCAAAACAUAGAGGAAUCAUCUGCUAAACAGGAAGAGCCUCAAAACCACCACACACCUGUGAAGGACAAUGGUCAGCCUGCCCGCACUCCAAGAAAACAGAAAUCUGGCACGGAGAUGAGACCCACAGAGAUAGUUUCUUCUGAUGCAGUUCAAAAUGAUGCAGUGGGUGAGUUACCACCAGGGUGGAUAAAAGAAUACAAAUCCAGAAGAAGUGGGAAAAAGGACCCGUUUUAUACAGAUUCUGCCAGUGGGUAUAUGUUCCGGUCAAAAAAAGAUGCCUUGCGCUACAUAGAAUCCGGUGAUAUCAGCAAGUGUGCUAUGAAACCUCUCAAAAAGGAACUCGGAUCAACUUUGGGUGAUACACCUCCUGCCACUGAAAACUCGUCACCUAAAUUGAGAGUGUCUCAAAAUGAAAAAGCACUGAAAGCAAAACGUGCCAUUUCCAAAAAGCAGAAAUCUAGCAUUCACAAGCGCACACCAAAGGCACUUACUAAUGUUCCAGUUCAAAGUGGUCCUGCUGAUGGGUUGCCACCAGGGUGGACGAGAGAAUUCAGAUUGAGACAGAAUCCACAAGGAAGUCGGAUAAUAGGAGAUGCAUUUUACAUUGACCCCGUAAGUGGAUAUGAGUUUCGUUCCAAGAAAGAUGUUAUGCGCUAUUUAGAUACAGGUGAUAUUGGCAAGUGUGUUGUGAAGCCCACGAAAAGGGACCCAGAGUCAGCUACCAAGGACAAACCUAUCCUGCAUGGUGUAGUAAGGAUCCCAUCUGAUCCUAAGUUGGAAGACUCUCAAAACAACACACCAGCUAAGGAUCCCAGCCCCAUUCCCAAACAGCUAGAAUCUACGCCCAUGCAGAUUGGAGUUCAAAGUGAGCCAGUGGAUGGGCUACCAUCUGGGUGGAUAAAAGAAGCCAAAACUAGGAUGACACAAGCAGGGGAAAUAAGACAUGACUGGUAUUAUGUAGACCCUGUCAGCGGAUAUGAAUUCCGUUCCAAGAAAGAUGCUCUGCGCUAUAUUGAAAGUGGUGAUAUACGCAAGUGUAUCAUAAGGCCCAGCAAAAGGAUUCCCGGAUCAACCCCCAACAGCGUUCCUCCAAAUCCAGAAACAGACUCUUGGACGAGAAGAGAAGUUUUCGUUGGGGAGGAAUUGAAAGGAAAUGGAAAUACAGGGGCUGAAAUAAAAGAAAGUUCUGCUCCUACAGAUGCAGCAGUUCCACAACCACAUGCUGAAGAAGGCUCAAACAAAAGAAGGCGCAGCAUUACUCAUGAUUACCUCAAUGCAAAUUCCGGGACUGGAAUAACUGUGGGAAAACUUCCCCCACGCAGAAAAUCAAACAAAGUUUCCGGAAACCAAUCACCGAGUUCGGGUCAAACUGCGACCAAGACAAGAAAUCCCAGAGAAAACAAAGGCCCGACAAGCUUGCCUGGUCGGUCCUCAAACAGACUUGCAGAGCAACACAAAGGUGAAGCUGCAAAUUUGGGUCACCAGGAUGGAAUACAGCCUGACAAGUCUCUCGACCCGUCUGAGAAACUGGUCUCCAAUGUGGGCAUCGGGCUUGAAGGUAGUGUAGUUAUUCCAAACUCUAGCAGUGGCAUCGACAUCAACACAUCGUGGGGCCCGCACGAUCCCGUUCGGCAAGUGGUAGCUGACUUGGGCCUUGGUGAAGAAGAGAUUCUUCAAUCCUCUGCCGCGGGCUCAGGUGAAAUUGACGUCAACACGGCAAUGACCCACAUCCCUCGCCACUUCAGUUGCGCGGUUAGUAAGCCACCAUCCGAGGUUUACGUUGGGCCCCACGACGAUGUUGAUGUGAACAUACCAUUGCCAUCAAAUCCUCAAACGCAGUUUCGCGGAAGCGGGGACUGUUGGACGGACCCGUGUCUGGACUUUGCCCUGAAAACGCUCACAGGAGGCGGGAUGCCAGCUGGGGAGGGUUCUCAAGACCAAACUUGUGCUGGGGUCCAGCAUCAGCAGCAGCAACCACAGCCAUUUGACCCGCCUUACCCGCAGGUGGUGGACGGAUGCUUUUCGCUUCCACUUCCACUUCCGGUGUUUGAUCCACAGUCCGGGCCACAACACCCAUCAUCUAUGAUGAAUUCUUCGCCCCUUUUGCCGCCCGGGUUUAGCUUACCAAGUUACAAUGGAAUGGGUUCUCAAUCCGGUCCGGAUGGGAGGAAGGACUACCUGCCGCCCAACCUUUAAUGCCGGAAUCUUGGAGGCGACGAGCUCUCUAGUCAGUCCCCUCACCCUCACUUGUGUAAUGAUACAACUAAACUCUUCUUCUUCUUCUUCGUCUUAAUUACCUACUUGCCGCAUCAGUUUUAGCUCUUAAACUCAUUUAUAAUUAUGGAUUAUAAUGAGUUUGUGUGUGUGUAAUGUACUUCCAUAGGGGUAGCCAUGAAUAAGUUAAGGUAGGAGGUUGUGACAUGUUUGUGGGAUUAUUAUAUUUGUUAUUUUUUUUUCACUUCCAAAAAGACAAAUUGGGAUUGAUAACUGUUGUAGUAAUGGCAUGACAUCCUAUGUUCUUUAAAGUGCUACAUGAAGUACGUCUCAUUUCAAUUAGCGUUGUGUUAAUUGUACAAAUUAAAUGUGCAAAUAUGCACCAUGUAUUUGCUCCCUUUAUAGUUAAAUA